AUGUCUGACGGCGGUGAUAUCGAGGUCGAGAACGUCGGCACCUACGACGUUCUCCCCAAGGACGUUGUCAAGGAGGUCGGCAACGUCAAGCUCUUCAACAAGUGGGAUUACGAUGUUGAGGUCCGCGACAUCUCUCUGACUGACUACAUCUCCCUCCGCAACCCCGUCUAUGUCACCCACUCCGCUGGCCGCUAUGCCGUCAAGCGUUUCCGCAAGGCCAACUGCCCCAUCAUUGAGCGCCUCACCAACUCCCUCAUGAUGCACGGCCGCAACAACGGAAAGAAGCUCAUGGCCGUCCGCAUCGUUGCCCACGCCUUCGAGAUCAUCCACCUGAUGACCGACCAGAACCCCAUCCAGAUCGCCGUCGACGCCAUCGUCAACUGCGGUCCCCGCGAAGACUCCACCCGUAUCGGUUCCGCCGGUACCGUCCGUCGCCAGGCCGUCGAUGUCUCCCCCCUGCGCCGCGUCAACCAGGCCAUCGCCCUCCUCACCACCGGCGCCCGCGAGGCCUCCUUCCGCAACGUCAAGUCCAUCGCCGAGUGCCUCGCCGAGGAGCUGAUCAACGCCGCCAAGGGCUCCAGCAACUCCUACGCCAUCAAGAAGAAGGACGAGCUCGAGCGUGUCGCCAAGUCCAACCGGUAA